AUGAAAGAGACGAUCAGGUGCUGCAUCGCCUGCAUUCUACCGUGUGGAGCUCUGGACGUGAUCCGCAUCGUACACUCAAACGGACACGUGGAGGAAAUCAGUGGCACGAUCACCGCCAGCGAGAUAAUGAGAGCCCACCCGAAGCACGUACUCAAGAAGCCUUCCUCUCCACCGUCCGAUCAUGAAGACCGUGAUGACGUCAUCUCAGCCACGAAGAUCGUCAUCGUACCUCCCGAAGCUGAGCUCCAGCGUGGCAAGAUUUAUUUCCUCAUGCCGGCUGCUAAAUCCGCCGGAGGAAAGAUACGACGGGAAAAAGGAAACGCAAACGCCGUCAAGAAACGCUCACAGAAUCGUCGGCAUCGUGAAGACGGCGGUGAUAAGUCUAAUGGGGAAAUAAAUAAUGAUAAAGAUAAAACUUGUGACAGGGAUUUAUCGAUGUUGGUCUCUGAUCGGUACUUGACUGAGAUAUUAUCGGAGAAAGUCGCGACGCAAAAAGAUCGGAGGAAGGGACGCGUCGGCGUUUGGAGGCCGCACUUAGAAAGCAUAAGUGAAGAUUGA